AUGCCACGAUUUCAGCGCGUAGGAGCACAAUUUAUUGUCUUUGUAGCAUUCGAAGUUUCCCAGUAUGCAGCAGACGUCUCCACUCAAUCUUCACCGGAUCCAAGCGUCAUGCCUUUUCAAUCGGUGGAUGCUGGUAGUGUAAGUGCAGGCUGCGUCCUCUGUCGAGACAGCGGCAACUGCUCCAUCGCCAUGAACAACACGUCAUCUGGAGUAUUUUGUGGAGAUCUCCUCUAUUCUACAGAUACACAGCCGUGUUGUUGUCCAUACUUUAUUGAUUGCCGUGUCACUAGCAAGUCGUCCUCUUGCGAUUGCGGGUUCACCAUGCGUCAUGAGAGACUCUCGGCUGCAGAAUCACCAUUCGAAUCGACACAAGAAGUUUUCGAGAACAAAAACCCAGAGCUGAACGAUCCAGUGAUAGAAGAAAUGUCAAUUUCGACCGAGAUUCUAAUCCAUAUAUCAGCGUAUCUUGCUUUUUUUGUCUUUGCGAUUGAGGAUGUCAAUUUGAAAUUGCUGCGCUUGCGCCAGCGCUUUAGCAUGCAACGUUGCAACCCUCAGUCAUCUACGGGGACUGGUGAUGAUCUGCCGCUUCUGGAAUCAGAAUCCUCAGCUACGAUUCCAAAAUAA